GGCACUGAAUUUCUUGUAUCCCUUGAUGACCUUGUUGACCGAUUCCAAAAAGUCCUUCUCGGACACGCUCUUGCGGCGGGCCCGGAUCGCAAACAUGCCGGCCUCCGUGCAGACCGAGUGCAGCUCGGCCCCCGUYGUGUUGGGGCAUAAGCGGGCAAUGAGCUYGAAGCGGAUGUCCCGGUCGCAGUUCAUGCGCUUCGAGUGGAUCCUGAGAAUGUGCCCCCGUCCCUCCAGGUCGGGGAGGCCAAACUCCACCUUUCGGUCGAGACGGCCCGGUCGGAGCAGGGCGGGGUCGAGGGUGUCGGGCCGGUUGGUGGCCAUGAGGACCUUGAUGUUCCCCCUCGCGUCGAAUCCGUCCAGCUCGGUGACGAUCUGGAGCAUGGUCCGCUGUACCUCGUUGUCGGAGCCGUUGUCGUCGCCCCCGCCGCCACGGGCUCCCCCGAUCGCGUCGACCUCGUCGAAAAAGACGAUGCAGGCCCGCUUCGAUCUCGCCAUCGUGAAGAGUUCCCGGACCAUCCUGGCGCCCUCACCCACGUACUUCUGGACGAGCUCCGAUCCGAUGACGCGGAUGAAACAGGCRUCCGUCCGGUUCGCAACGGCACGGGCCGUGAGCGUCUUUCCGGUUCCCGGMGGGCCGUACAACAAGAUCCCCUUCGGCGGCUCGAUUCCGAGUGUCACAAAGCGCUCCGGGUGCAAGAGGGGGGUCUCGAGGACCUCCCUGAGUUUUUCCAUCGAUUCCUUGGCACCCCCCACGUCGUCGUAGGUGACGUCGGGCUUGUCCUCGACCGUCAUGAGACUGACGGUGGGAUCGAUCUUGGGGGGGAGGGGUAUCUGGAUGGAGUACUUGGAGCGGUCGACGCCCACCCGCAUGCCCUCUUCGAURUCCGUGGGCGCCACCUUUUCUCCGAGGCCCACCACGAACUUGGCAAUCUGCUUGACGUUGAURACGUACUUGCUGGGCGCCUGGGCGUUGCCCGAGGUUCCCUCCGAGUUCGAGUUGGCGUUUGCGUUUCCGCCCUCGGCCUCUCCCUCGUCGGCAAUGAUUUUCGUGCAGCGCGCCACCUGGAGGGGUGCUUCCUCGGACAUCAUUUGCUUGUCGCCCACCAAAUCCCACAUGGACGGAGGCGAUAAUCCCGUGUCGCUUUCCUUGAUUCCGAUGAGGUUCUUGACCUCUUUCUGGUGCUUUUUGAUUUCGUCCUCGAGUUUUUUGAUCUGUAUCGAGUAGGGACCAAGGCCGUAGGAUUUCAGGAGGGCAAUGUCGCCCUCGUCGAGAGGAGGUGGAGCGUCUCCUUCAUCCUCCUGUGCGCAGCGGUGGAUUGGAUUGGAUUGCAUUCGAAUUAGUUUG